AUGCCCGUCUACAAUCUGCCCAUGAACCUUGAGCCGACGCUCUCCCAAACUGCAGACCUGGAACCAGAACACGCAAGGCUUCGCGCAAAAGGGCACGUUUCUGACAUUAUGAAGGAAAUCCUCGGACCGAUGCCUCUUGUCGAGUUCAUCGACCAUUUCCUCCCCGCCGUUCCUACUGCGGACGAUCACUACCGCCGCCUGUCGAGUAGAGACGCUUUCAAACACGUCCCUCAUCAGGCAAAGAGAGCCGCGGAUAUCUACGAGCCAUUGGGUGCAGCUUUAAACAAACACACGAAGCACAAGACGCGAUGCCCGGGCUUCGUGUUCGAAGUAGCAGCCGCCAGGUCCCUCUACCCGAACAGACGAGGCCACAUGAAGCCUCAUGUUUGCUGCUACAAGCCGUCCAAUGCGACCGUCGUGCAAGCCGCAGAAAAGUCUUCGCGCAUCGACCUCGGGUACGCAGAGCUGUUCAUCGACAUCUGCCCCGACCCCCAACGCGACCUCUUCCACGACCCUCCCCCGGACGCGACCGAUCGGCAAACGCAUGAACUGCUGUCAAGGUUGGCGGAUCGCCAGAAGUUCCUGCAUGUGCAAGACAUGUUCGGCCAGCAUGUCGCGUACGUCGUGGAGGUCUUCGCUCGACAGUCGCGACACUUCCUCUUCACUGUUGCCAUGCACGGGUCUCGUGUCCGCCUCCUGCACUGGGACCACGCCGGAUUCGUGGUCUCCGAAGCAUUCGACAUUCGUACCGAUCCCGACAUCCUGUGCGAGUUCCUGUGGCGGUUCUCUCAAGCUACAGACUCUGGUCGCGGGCACGACACCACAGUGGAGUACGCGCUGCCAGAGGAGGAGGGUUGGUUCCGGGACGGUAUCCGUGAGUACAUGUGGACCCAGCUCAACCCCGGGGAAGAUCUAGAGCACGCGGUCAAGCAGCAUUACGCGCCAGGACAGUUAUUCGCGACCAACAUCCUGUACGACGUUUCGUCGCAUUGGCUGGCCGGGCCUGGAACGCGGGGUUACUGGGCAUACGAUGUAUGGACCAAAAAGGUUGUGUUCCUCAAGGACACAUGGCGGUACAGCACCCACGAGAUCGAGGGGGACAUCGUGCGGCGACUGUGGGAUAUCGGGGUACGAAAUGUGCCUUCUUUCGUGUGGCACGGGGACGUCUCGGGUUUGGAUCAGUAUCCGGAGUCCCCGCGCCCACUGGACCAGGACGAAGUACAAUCGACGCGGGCAGACAAGCUGGGCGUGCCGCAUCAACGGAAGAAGGACUCAACCCAGCGUGGGACGCAAGAGUUGUUGCACUCGUGCCACGAUGUUUUCACAGCAAUGAACGAUGCGCUGGAGAAGGACAGUAGAAUCCACCGCGACAUCAGCACCGGAAACAUUAUCCUCGUGCGGGAGCCAAAUAACGAUAUUCGAAAGGGGUGCCUAAUCGAUUGGGAGACGUCGUGCCGAGUGAACGAGCAUGGAGAUGCGGUUGAACCUGGGCGGGUGGGCACCUGGAAGUUCACGUCGAUCCGCCUCCUGGAAUGGGAUUGGGGGCUCGGCAUCAACCCCCGGCACACGUUCCUGGACGACAUGGAAUCAAUACUUUACGUGGUCAUCUACAGCGCAUUCUUGUGGCCACCGCACGACCUCCCCUGCCGCGUACUCUUUUAA